CAGGAACUGAGAAUCAUGGCUGGGAAGCCCAGACUUUAUUACUUUGAUGGCAGAGGCAGAAUGGAAGCGGUGCGCUGGCUCCUGGCAGCUGCUGGUGUGGAAUUUGAAGAAGUGCUUUUUGAAACAGCUGAAGACCUUCAGAAUUUAAGUAAAGGUGGAAAACUAAUGUACAAACAAGUGCCAAUGGUUGAAAUUGAUGGAAUGAAGAUGGCACAAACCAGAGCCAUCCUGAGAUAUAUAGCUGCAAAAUACAGCUUGUAUGGGAAGGACCUGAAGGAGCAAGUCCUGUACAGUAAUCAUUUUUUGCAUGUUUACAAUGCAUUAAAAGACCAUGGCAAAAACUACCUUGUGGGCAACCAGCUGAGCUGGGCAGAUAUCCAUCUCCUUGAACUCAUCUUAAUGGUUGAAGAAUGCAAGUCUGAUGCUCUGUCGGCAUUCCCUAAACUUCAGGAGUUCAAAACUAGAGUCAGCAAACUCCCCAGGAUUCAGAAAUUCUUCCAGCCUGGUAGUGCAAGAAGGCCGCCCAUGGAUGAAGCAUGUCUUAAAGCUGCAAAGAAGAUAUUCAAGCUUGAAAAAGGCCUGUUUCUUAAAUACUCGAGCACCAUAUUGGUUGAAUUAUAGUCAUGCUCACAAAAA